AUGGAGCUCCGCACAGGCCGGCCCGAACGCGCCCUGGGUUGUUUGUCCUUGUCUAGAGUGUGUCAGCUGCCCGCCAUGUUGAGCCGGGUAAAAGGUGCAGAGGGAGAGGAUGGUGUGAGAGACUCGAGAGCCGGUGAACUGUGCUGGGUCUCGUUGUUGUCUGAAGAUGUGCUGACAGCCGAUAGCUACCGGUAUUAUGAUGGAUGUGUUAUUGUAGAGUGGCACCGCUAUCAGGAUUAUGAACCAGAAAUCAAAUCUUGGGUGAUCGGAGCCAUCGCUUUGCUGUGUCUUCUGGGUCUGACCUGGGCUUUCGGUCUCAUGUACGUCAACGAGAGCACCAUAGCCAUGGCGUACCUCUUCACCAUCUUCAACUCACUGCAAGGGAUGUUCAUCUUUAUCUUCCACUGCGUCCUGCAAAAGAAGGUGCGGAAGGAGUACGGGAAAUGCCUGCGCACUCAUUGUUGCAGUGGGAAGAGCGUGGAGAGCUCCAUCGGUUCGGUGAAAGGCCAAGCUUCUCGCGCCCCGGGACGGUACUCCUCCGGUUCACAGAGCCGUAUUCGCCGAAUGUGGAACGACACGGUGAGAAAGCAGUCGGAGUCGUCCUUCAUGACCGGAGACAUAAACAGCUCGGCUUCACUCAACAGAGGGGCUAUGGCUAACCAUCUUAUACCUAACGCACUCCUCCGUCCUCAUGGCACUAACAAUCCCUAUAACACAUUGCUUGGGGAAUCGGCCGUCUUUAACAACCCGCUGGGCAUGUACAACCCUCAAGAGCCCUACAGAGAGACAAAGGGAAUACUGAACAAUGCCCGGGAUACAAGUGUCAUGGAUACUCUACCGCUGAAUGGUAACCAUGGCAGCUACAGCAUCGCCAGCGCUGACUACAUGAGCGACUGCGUCCAGAUUAUUGACAGGGGAUACAACCACAAGGAGACCACCCUCGAAAAGAAGAUCCUCAAAGAACUCACCUCCAACUAUUUACCCACGUACCUCAACAACUCCCACGACCGCUCGGCUGAACAGAAUCGCAACCUCAUGAACAAGCUGGUGAACAACGUCAGUAAUGGCGGCAAGGACAAUGGGUAUGGAAUGGGAAUGGGAAUGGGAUUGGGAAUGGGCAUCAUGGGAAUGGGCAUGGGCAUGAACAUGGCUCUGAGUUUGGAUGACCACUCCACUUUUCCACACCAUGAUGAAGGGCUGGGCUUGGAGUUGAUCCGUGAGGAGUCAAAUGCACCACUUUUGCCUCAGAGGCCUCCACCGACGUUAGCAGUGGACAACCUUCACAGUCAUUUGCACCAGUCUGUGCCCCCUGCCCUCCCUUUGCCCUUCACCGCUGCCACCACCUCCUCAUCGUCACGGAGGAGGAUCCCUCAAGAGAACAGUGAUAGCUUCUUUCCCCUUCUCACCAAUGAGCAGACUGAAGAAGACAGCUCAACCCCUCCUCACAGCCAUCAGAGGGACUCCCUGUACACCAGCAUGCCCAUGCUGCCCGGCCUCCCCGACGUGUCCCAGGACAACGCCCACCGCAAAGAUUCUGCAGACACCAAGAGCCAAGAAGCCAGCUCUGACGAUGUUUACUACAAGAGUAUGCCCAACCUGGGAUCACGCAACCACCUGCACCAGCUGCACUCGUACUACCAGUUGGGCCGGGGCAGCAGUGACGGCUUCAUCGUGCCCCCCAACAAAGAGGAUGCCCCUGAGGAAGUGCACCAGGACGCAUCACAACUGGUCACUAGCCUAUAG